GUAAUUUUCGAUAGCCUCCGGUGGAGACCCUCUUGCGUGGUCCGUUCCCACCGGACGGCCGUCGACCCUUGGCGCUGCUUCGUGCAUUUUCUCCUGAAAAAGACGACAAAGGGCUCCUAGAGCCGAGGCCGGCCAUGUCUGAUCCAGCUCAGCAAGAUGCCCCAGGGACGGGACAGGAAGGAGGUGAAAGUGCUGGGGGGGGCCCUGGUGCACCUCCAAAUAUGACCAGUAAUUGGCGCCUGCAACAGACUCAAGCACAGGUGGAAGAAGUGGUGGAUAUUAUGCGUGUGAAUGUGGAUAAAGUUUUGGAGCGAGAUCAGAAACUCUCAGAAUUAGACGAACGAGCAGAUGCUCUCCAAGCUGGUGCCCAAGUAUUUGAAAGUAGUGCCGCAGCGCUCAAGAGGAAGUAUUGGUGGAAGAAUUGUAAGAUGAUGAUCAUGCUGGGAGUGAUCUGUGCCAUUGUGGUCAUUGCAAUUGCACUUUACUUUUUUUCCUGAGAAUGUGUCCCUUCCUCCUUUCCCCACCCAGUCUAUAGCCUUCUUACCCCAUUUCCCUUUCCAGACCCAAUUCUUCGUUCUCUUUCCUUUCUGGCUUUGUCAUCGAUUUUCUGUUAGUUUUGUUUGCUUCCAUUUGAGACUGUAACGCACCGUUACCAGAUUUGAGUUGACCUCCUUCACAGCUGCUGCAGCCUCUGAGUGGACCAGCUCGUUUUUGGAGGGUGGCAGUGGGCCUAAGGGGAGGAAUUGUGGAGAAUUGAAGGAGCCUGUUGAUUACACCUAGGGUUUCACUUGCAGUCUGAGAUAGCCUUGAGUCUUCUGAGAUGUCUUCUCCCGUGAGUCUAUAGGAAAGCAUUUCCUUUAGCCACAAACAGUAUUAUUAAAAACUUCACCAGAAUAGAGAGAAGAAAAGUUGGGUCUCAUUAUAGUAGUGAUACUGGUAUUGUGCCAUGCAACCAGAAUUGAUGGAGUUUUCUCUUAGAUUUUAAUAUAAACUCCUGUUGUUGCUCUGGUGACCAAAACUCUGAUCUUAUGAUGACUGCCAGCCAUCCU